AUGAAGUUGAUUUGCUUGGUAGCAGUUGGCGUUUUGCCUGCAUUGAGAACAGCGGCGCAGCAGGCUCCAAAUGGCCCCAUCCCAUACAAAUUCCCCGAACGGCGCGGAGCAUUGGUUCCUCCUUCACCUCAACCGCUCCAAGCUGCGCAUUCGUACCAGGCUGCACCCGUAACAGUUUUCCCCGGGACAGGUCAUGCCUUACCUCCCUAUUUCCCAUUCCGCGACUACGAGCGCGCGAAACGGGAACUGGCAGAAAAAGAAAUGAAACCAGAGGAGAGGCCUCGCCCUCCAUGCCAACCAGCUGGUGAGGCAUACUCUGAAUAUGAGUGGACGCCGAGGCGCCAUGUUAGUUUAAGGCAGACAUGCAUGGGCAGCCACUGGCUGGCUUGA